AUGGAUGUCAAAAACGCCUUCCUACAAGGAGAAUUAAAGGAAGAGGUUUACAUGACACCACCACCGGGUCUUGAAGACAUGAUCACUCCGGGAAAGGUAUUGAGACUAAGGAAAGCUAUAUAUGGCUUAAAGCAAUCACCACGAGCCUGGUACCACAAGUUGAGCACCACACUUGUUAGUUAUGGCUUUAAGAGAACCCACUCGGAUAACUCUCUCUUCACUCAUCAAAGCGAUAAAGGUAUAGUGGUUGUUCUUAUUUAUGUAGAUGAUCUUAUCAUCUCCGGGGACAACCAUGAAGGUAUAAAGGAUAGCAAAGCUCAUUUAAAUUUUGUGUUUGAUAUAAAAGAUCUUGGUGAGCUUAAGUACUUUCUUGGGAUUGAAGUGUGUCGUUCUCCGGAAGGCCUAUUUCUUUCCCAACGAAAGUACACCCUUGAUUUACUUUGUGAAACAGGAAUGUUAGGAGCUAAACCGGUUGACACUCCGCUCCCUGAUGGCUACCAAGUUGAACGCAAGGGGGAGAGGAAUGAUCCUCCAUACGAAGAUCCCUCUCGCUAUCGCCGUCUAGUGGGUAAGCUCAUCUACUUAACACUUACUCGACCUGACAUUUGCUAUGCUGUGAAUCAGGUUAGCCAGUACAUGAAAGCUCCAACAACUUAUCACUGGAGUAUCUUGCAAAGAAUCCUUCACUAUCUCAAGAAGAGCCCUGGCCAAGGAAUGUGGAUGGGCAAGAAUGACAAUACCGAGCUUGUAGGAUAUUGUGAUGCGGAUUGGGGUGGCGAUAGGACGGAUCGAAGAUCAGUCACAGGAUACUGCACCUUCAUAGGAGGCAACCUAGUCACGUGGAAAACCAAGAAGCAAAAGGUGGUCUCGAUGUCGAGUGCCGAAUCCGAGUAA